UGACGCGGCGUCCCUUUGUUGGUUCAGCAGCGGUGGCGCUUGUGUUGUUAUUUUCUCUGCGGCUGAAAAUUUUCAAGGCUGUGUGGAAAUCUUUUUUUUUUUUUUUUUUUUGUAAAUAUAUUUUUCAUUUGAAUCUUUUACCUGAAUCCGACUAGUAUAGUAAUGGACUCAGACGAAGGAUACAAUUAUGAAUUCGACGACGAAGAGGAGUGUAGCGAAGACAGCGCUGAAGAGGAGCUCGAAGACGACACUCUGGAGCUCGGAGAGGUGGAGUUGGUCGAUCCUGCCGAGGCCGGCGGCGAGCGGGAUGUAUGCGGGGAGACCGGGAGCAGUGGCCUGGGGCCCGGCCAAGACGAGGAGGAUUACCGCUUUGAGGUGCUCACCGCGGAUCAGAUCCUCCAACACAUGGUGGAGUGUAUCAGGGAGGUCAACGAGGUCAUCCAGAACCCAGCAACAAUUACAAGAAUACUACUUAGCCACUUCAACUGGGAUAAGGAGAAGCUGAUGGAGAGAUACUUUGAUGGGAACUUGGAGAAGCUGUUUUCAGAAUGUCAUGUUGUAAACCCUAGUAAGAAAUCCCGGACACGCCAGAUGAACACAAGGUCCUCGGCACAGGACCUGCCGUGCCAAAUCUGCUACCUGAACUACCCCAAUGCGUAUUUCACUGGCCUGGAGUGUGGACACAAAUUCUGCAUGCAGUGUUGGAGUGAAUACCUAACUACCAAAAUCAUUGAGGAGGGAAUGGGACAGACUAUUUCCUGCCCAGCUCACAGCUGUGAUAUCCUAGUAGAUGACAAUACAGUUAUGAGACUGAUAACAGAUUCAAAAGUGAAGUUGAAGUACCAGCAUUUAAUUACUAAUAGUUUUGUAGAGUGCAAUAGACUGUUAAAAUGGUGCCCUGCGCCUGAUUGCCAUCAUGUUGUUAAAGUCCAGUACCCUGACGCUAAGCCGGUCCGCUGUAAAUGUGGCCGCCAGUUCUGUUUCAACUGUGGUGAAAAUUGGCAUGACCCUGUCAAAUGCAAGUGGUUAAGGAAGUGGAUAAAAAAGUGUGAUGAUGACAGUGAAACUUCAAACUGGAUUGCAGCUAAUACCAAGGAGUGUCCCAAAUGCCAUGUUACCAUUGAGAAAGAUGGAGGCUGUAAUCACAUGGUCUGUCGUAACCAGAAUUGUAAAGCUGAAUUCUGUUGGGUCUGUCUUGGACCCUGGGAGCCACAUGGAUCUGCUUGGUACAACUGCAACCGCUACAAUGAAGAUGAUGCUAAAGCAGCGAGAGAUGCCCAGGAGGUAAAGUCCGGAACCGGGGAUGGAGGGCUAGCUAAGCGCUCCCGGGCAGCUCUGCAAAGGUACCUGUUCUACUGCAAUCGCUACAUGAACCACAUGCAGAGUCUGCGCUUUGAGCACAAGCUGUAUGCUCAGGUCAAGCAGAAGAUGGAGGAGAUGCAACAGCACAACAUGUCCUGGAUCGAGGUGCAGUUCUUGAAGAAGGCUGUGGACGUGCUCUGUCAGUGCCGUGCCACGCUCAUGUUCACUUACGUUUUUGCGUUCUACCUCAAAAAGAAUAAUCAGUCCAUUAUCUUUGAGAACAAUCAGGCAGACCUGGAGAAUGCCACAGAGGUGCUGUCUGGAUAUUUGGAGCGUGAUAUUUCGCAGGAUUCACUGCAAGACAUUAAGCAGAAAGUCCAAGAUAAGUACAGAUAUUGUGAGAGUCGACGAAGAGUGUUGCUACAACAUGUUCAUGAAGGUUACGAGAAAGACCUCUGGGAGUAUAUUGAGGAUUGAAGAUAACCCCGCUUUCAAUGAACUCUUGGAAAAUAACUUUACCAACUAGAGUGCUGAUGCAAUUAAACUGGGUGGCACUGGCCUCUGCUGACAUCGCUGGUCUACUACUCAAUCUCAUCAUCAUUUUUUUUUUUUUUUUUUUUUUCUUUUUUUGCUUAAUGGAAAGUUUAAAGUAAAUUAUAUUCUAAUAAAAAGGUAGAUACAACGCCGACAAAAUACAAAGUGUACAACAGUAUUGUAGCAGCACAGUGAAGUUUGACAAGACACUGAAAAAGAAAACCUGUCCUCCGAGCUUGUGACGUAGAUUCCUUCUUGAAAGCGGACGUUUUUUUUGUUUGUUUGUUGUUUCUUUUUUUUUUUCCCCUGUGUGUAGGAGAUUGAUUUACAUUUUGUUUUCAACACAGCUUUAAAUGUACAACUAGCCAUGUAUAUUGUUGUGGUGGGGCCCCCUUUGGGUUUCUGAUGGAUUGGCUAAAUGUAAGGACUCUUGCAGGAGCAAAACCUGUGUUUAAAACGGUGUACAAUGACAUGAAAGUUGUAAAUAACGCAUAUGCAUGGAAGAAUUUAAACAGCAAGCGUAGCACGUGUUUGCAUACUUUUUAAAUUACAAAAAAAAAAAAAAAAAAUCAAGAUGGUGUAUAUUUGCUGUGUAGUUUCUUAAGAUUAUUAUUAUUAUUAUUAUUAUUAUUAUUAUUAUUAUUAUUAUUAUUAUUAUUAUUAUUUUUUCUCUUUCCCCAGCUUUUAAAAAAAAAAAAAAAAAAAGAUUUUACUUUUAUGUGGAGGGUUGAAGGAAGGGGGCGACUGGAUGCUAACCAGAGAAUUCUAGCUAUAUCUGCUGCUUUUGUCACUCUCCAUUGUUAAUAUUGCAGCUCUCUUCUACAGCAGCAGUAAAAGCCAAAGCCUGUAAAUGACAUAAUGCCUAAAUCAUGAUAGGGUCAGAAUCCUUGGCAGUACAUAUUUAGAAGUGAAGACGUAACAUAUUGACCCUGCUCUUGAUUGAAACAUAGGUUUUUAAGAAGAAAAAAUAUAUAUUCACUUUCUCAGGUGAAUUUUAUUAGAAGUCUGCCUGGACAGGAUUACUCUUCUUUCUUUUUCUUAGUUUUAAUAUUUACGGGGGGAGGGGGGGGGAGCAAUCCAAAAAAUAAUUCCUUAUUUCUCAGGAUAAAAAGGGAGUUUUGUUUGACCAACUUGAAGGUGUGAAGGUUUUUUAUCUGCAAUGAAAGCACUUGUGGAGGUUGGGAGGGUAUUAAGGAGUAUAGAGGCUUAACUUAGCUUAACAGUUUGUAAAAUUCCUAGGGUUGAGAAGAUUUGAACAGUGAAAGAUCAUACAGAGCUUUAACAAAGAUGUUAUUUAGAGCGAGCAGUGGUAGGUAUUUUCCCAUUUUCCUUUGUUUUGUUGACUAUAUUUUGCUUUGCGCAAGGCUGGCUCAGGAGCGAAUUAAGUUAAUCUACAGUUAAUCUACAGUUACUCGGUGGCUUUGACAAGUCACUAAGUAUAGUGUGAGCUUUGAAUGUUAAGAACAUGCCAUUUAAACGUGUGUGCUCCCCACCAAAAGUUUUUUUCUUUUAAAGCAAGUUACAAACAAGGUAGAAUUUCUUAUUUUCCUUACUGUUUUUUUUUUUUUUCUAGUUGUAAGAUUAAAGUCCUUUUUUUCUGCAGUGCAGAAUAUUUUGCAGGUAUGAAAUACAGGAAAUGUUGCCCAUGAAGUGAAAAAAGAAAGAAGAGUCUGCGUUCACAGAAGUGUGAACUACUAUUAUAAAAAAAAAAUAAAUACAUUUUUUUUCCCUCAGUUUUUGUGAAGUAAAACAUUCUGGGAAAUCAGAGUUGCAGACCUAAUUGGUUUUACCUGUUCUAACUAUUCUUUAAUAAAAAAAUAAAAUAAAAAAUCUGACUGUACUAUAAAAAAUAAAUGUCAUAAAAACAAAACUAAAAAAAAAAAAAAAAAAAAAAAAAUUGCGAGUAUUGUGUGAAUCAUUAGAAUAGCCUAGCUUUAAACUUAAUGCAUUAUUCAUAACCUUAUCCAGGGUUAUGAAUGAAGAUGGUGCUCACCCUAAAAACAAAGCUAAACAUAUUAAUGUUUACGAUGCAUCAUGUGAUGAGUCGCCUUUUCAUUCCUGAAUUUCAGCUGAAGGCAUUGAGUUUCAUAAAUUGACCCUAUACCAAUAUUAUAAUAGAGGACUUUUUGUGAUUUUUAUAAUGAUUCUAUACAAAUCAAGGUUUGUGUACUACUUGGCCACACAGCUGAACCCACAAUUCCAAGAAGACUUUUUUUUUUUUUUCAGAAUGACUUUCAUUCAUACUCUAAACUAAUAACACUGGUGUGUUGCGUUUCCAAGUCCUUAUUGGACAAUACGGUCUUUCAACAGCCGUGUGAGCAGUUUAAAUGUAAGGAGUUUGAAUGACAAAAACUCAAUGGGAAACCAUUGGCUUCUUGGUUGACAUGACAAUGGCAAUGUGCAGCUGCUAUGGCAUCAAAAGGAAUUUCAUAGCAAACCGAAGCUGCUGUUCAAUAUUCAUUCCUAGUUGUGGGGAAUUUUUUGUCCGUUCAUAUUUAUUUGUGCUGGUUUAAAACAAA